AUGAUGUUCCUGCCCGUCUCCCCUCCCCCCUCCUUCUCCCUCUCUUUUCUCCUACUAGUCCUCCCUUUUCUCCCUCCUUCCCUCCUUUCCCGUUCACUCUCUCACUCCCCUCUGAGCUGGACUUCUCCCCAUGACCCCUGCUACCACCUGGAUGGGCGUCCGCGACACUGCCUGUCGGAAUUCAUCAAUGCCGCCUACGGUGUCCCAGUCAGUGCCUCCAACUCCCUCCGAGGAUCUCCUGACCAAAAUGCUGUUAACGUCAGCUCCGUCACGGACCUCCACAACCCCUACAACCUGACCUGCUGGACAGCCCAGGUGGGAGGCACCGACGGCGGGGACUGGGUUCUCACACUCCCCCUGGGCCGGCGCUUUGAGGUCACUUACAUCAGCCUGCAGUUCUGCCAGCAGGGGGAGCCGUCGGAUCCGGUCUCCGUCUCUUUGCUCAAGUCCAUGGAUCACGGGCGCACCUGGAGGCCCAUGCAGCAUUACUCCAGCGACUGCCCCGGGAGUUUUGGGCUCCAGGCCCAGACGGUGGCCAAGACCAGGCACCAGGAGACAGAGCCUCUGUGCUCGGAUCCCCGGCCCCUGCAGAGGCACCGGGGGGGCAUGGUUCUGGCCUUCUCCACCCUGGAUGGAAGGCCCUCCUCUCCAGACUUUGACUACAGCCCCACCCUGCAGGACUGGGUGACGGCCACGGACAUACGGGUGGUCUUCCACCAGGUGACCCAGCCCCAGCAGACUAAGUUGGGAAGUUCGGAGGAUAGGGGGGUGGGUGUGGGAUUGGGAGCAGAUGCUGGGGUUCUGAGGUGGAGGGUGGGGAAGAAUAAAGCUGUGGUUGGUCAGGUGAAUGGGGACAACAAUGCUUGGGGGUUUGUGGAGAAGGAGAUGAAAAAGACAGAAAAACGAGGGAGAAGCAGAGGAGAGAAAAUGAACAAAUCCUGGCGGAGGGGUCACAACAAAGGGUCGGGAGGUCAGGGAGAGGAUAGACACAAUGUGACCCGGAAGGAUUUAGAACGAGACACUCAGGCAAUGGACACCUCCAAGAGAGGGAACGGUAAAGGAAAAGGGCGUGGCCGCAAAAGGGAGGGGGGCCACCAUUGGAGUCUGUGCCAGGAAGGUGGCGUCUGUGAUUGGACAAUUGAGGGGCAGGGGAAGGACAACAAGGGGCGGGAAUUGAGGAGGAGGAGAAACAACAAUCGGAAUCUCCAGCUAGUUCCUCCCUCCCCAUUGAUCUCCGCCCCCCCUGUCCGGCCCCCCCUGGCCCUCUCGGACCUGCAGGUGGGGGGCAGGUGUAAGUGUAACGGGCAUGCCUCACGGUGUCGUCAUGACGACGUGGACCGGGUGGUGUGUGUGUGUGAGCACCACACAGCGGGGGCAGACUGCGACGUAUGUGAGGACUUCUACUACGACAGGCCCUGGCAACGAGCCACGCCCAGUCAGCCACACCCGUGCGUCUCGUGUGAGUGUAACGGCCACUCCUCUAAGUGUCGGUUCAGCAUGGAGGUGUUCCAGCAGUCGGGCCGGCGCAGCGGGGGGGUAUGUCUGAAGUGUCGGCAUCACACAGCGGGACGCCACUGCCAGUACUGCCAGAAUGGACACACCCGUGACCACGGCAAGCUACCCAACCACCACAAGGCUUGCCAAUCGUGUCAGUGUCAUCCUAUGGGUGCCGUGGGUCGCUGGUGUAACCAGACGUCAGGACAGUGCUUGUGUCGGGAUGGGGUAACGGGUUUGAAGUGCAACCGCUGCGCCCUUGGCUACAAACAGGGGCGCUCGCCCCUCCGGCCCUGCAUCCGAGUCCAGGAGGAAGCAAGCCCCACAACACCUGUGUACCAACCCCAGUACAGUGUAGAUGAGGAGUGUGUAUCGUAUUGCCAGCCAUCACUGGUUAAAUUGAGGAUGAACCUGGAGACGUACUGUCUAAAGGACUUUGUCCUGAAGCUACAGGUCAGAGGGAUGGAGCGUUCAGGCCCCUGGUGGCAGUUCUCGGUCUGGAUCCAGACCGUGUUCCGUACGGGUUCUUCCUCCCGUGUUCGCAGGGGCCCCCAGGCGCUGUGGGUUCCCGACCGCGACCUGGGCUGCGGCUGCCCCGCCCUCCAGGUGGGCCGCACCUUCCUGCUGAUUGGGGCCGAAGGGGGGAGGCGGAACUGGGGCCCCGAGGAGCGACGGCUGGUCGCCGAUAGAUCCACACUGGCUCUCCAGUGGAGGGAGCACUGGAAUCCCAAACUGAGAGGGUUCAGGGGGCAGGACAAGAGGGGCCGCUGCCCCCCAAAAUUGCCCGGGGGUGGCGACCCCCAUGGGGGCCACUCGAGGCACCAACACUCAGAGUACACCCCACCUCACCUUGUGACAGAGAAAGAGACAGAGGUCAAGGUGCACCCACACAAACAUUCACAUUCACACACACCCUCAGACUCUGUGAAAGACAUGGAAGAGGAGGCAGAGAACUCUGUGGCGUUGGACACAAACACUCAUACACAGUCCUCAUCACACCACAGACCUGGACCUUCACAAUCCCAGGAAGAGCAACAGGAACAGACUCCAUCCACCUCCACACCCAGUCUCAUAUGUUCAACCCAGACCCCUGUCUGAAAUGUAGGAGGAAGAAUAGAGAGAAAGAAGAAGGGAUGAAGAAAUGAAGUAAUAUUGUCAAAUAGAUGGGCUAUAUCCCUUUGCAGUUCUUCUCAUAAGGAGAGGGGGUGAGUGAUGAAUGG